GUUAUGAUGGGAAUUCGGUGGUUGAGUUUAAUGAGGGUAUUGUGGAUAGAGUGUAUAAGCAAGCAGCUGGCCCCGCUCAUAUACUUUGUGACGGUUUUGAGAUAUUGAUGGUUGAGAAGAGCCCGUCGUUCCCGGACACUGUUGUGUGGAAUAUUGGCAGCGACUCGUUAGGCGAUAUGCCGGCGGGGGACUUCAAGAGAUACAUUUGCGUCGAGUCUGCAGCCGCAGUAGAGCCGGUGAAGGUAGCCCCUGGUGAUUCAUGGGAAGCUGACCAGAAGCUUACCAGAUGCCUUCCUAAUAGUAACGGCAGCGCUUGA